CGCGCACAACUCGCAAAAGAUGGAUGAGCUGCCGGAUGAACGUUCCUCUGCCUUCUCUUCUCAGGGGAACAAGGACAAGUCCUCUUAAGGCUCAACUUUCAUUGGUCAUUCUUGAGGUUAGUCACUGAGAUCCCUCUUGAGAGAACAGGGGAAAAUGAAGGAAAAGCAAAGGGAGAGGCAUGGGGCCCUUUUUUUUCAGAAUCAGUGACCACUGACUGCUGACCUUUAAUCCUCGCGAAGCAAAAGACCCGGACCUGCUAAGGAAGACCUUCUAGCAAAGUGGCAAGCUGCUACUGCAGCCCGUGGACGGUUCAUACACGCCGUAAAAGCGACGGAAGAAGCGGAACAUGCGUUGACAACUCGACAAGAUGCUUUGUUGUCGCGUAUGGAGGGCAUGGGCUUGGAGGACGAAGACACUUUGCCAAGAGAAAGAGUGCUGUUGUUAAGACUGGGUCGUCAUGAAAGAGAAGACAAGAAAGAGGAUAGUACUCUCUCUGCACCAAACUUCUAUACAUAGUACGGAGGAUACUCUCUGUACCAUAGUACGGAGGAUACCCUCUCUGCACCAAACUAUACACAGCACUGGACUUCUCUACAUAGCACUUGCUGCAACAUCUGGAUGCCUGUCUUGACGUGAGAAUCAAAAAUUGAAAUCAUUCUAGAAAUCGUAAGAUGUAAUACAUUCGUUUUACCGUUGCAAGCACACGGUACUUUCACUUCUCUAAUCCCCGACUUCGAUGAGUUAUUCGCGGAACCAGAAGAAUACGAGGAUGUAAAACCUAUUGUGAAGGCGGCGGACUUUUUUCCGAAGUUCGAGGUGGAUGAGGAGCCGACAGAGGAGUUUGUAUGAUUUCACUUAUUUUUAGGUAUUUUUACAAAGGUUCAGGUUGUCCAUUGUCAUUUCUACAUGUUGUAAGCUUCUCUCCGGGUCCAGUAAUUAUGGGUAGGUUAAAGGUGCUUUUGUUACCGUUUGUUAUGGCUCUCCUAAGGGAGACGGCCAAAACAAAAGGGAUAAACGAACAUCCAAAAACCUACCUCUGAAGUAAUCUUCCAGUAAUCUUCCAAUUCCAGUCCACCUAUUUAGGAUCGUUCAUCAUCAAGCCCAAUUUAGGAUAUUCAUCAUCAAGUAUUACUUUAGGACAACAUCAAGGCCACUAUUGUUUCUACAUCACCACAGCAACGCUUCCUCCGCGCCAGAACGAUCGAGUCAACUGAGCCCAUCAGCUUCGAGGACUGGCUUCGGCAGCGAGACGCAAAUGCAGAAGCGGAUAUUCAAGCUAAGGCAAAGGCGCAAGCACAAGCGGAGUUAGAAGCUGAACAGCUUGCGACGGGUCAGGAGAAUGGCUAUCUGCAUUUGAAAUUCCCGAACAAAGCAGUUCCUAUGACCAGUGAAGCGAAAAAGGACGAGAUGUUGCGAUUUUUGUACAAACAAAUUUGUAUAGAAGGAUAGAGGCCUUGUUGAGUUGAGCAGAUCGAUGCUUUGCUAUUGAUUCUCUACAACAACUUCCCAUGUUGGUAUCUACUGUGAAUGAAUUCUUUUUGGUGCAUCUUGUCAUGGUCUCUCUCCCAUUCCUGUAUUUUGCCUUAUUUUCAUCGAAUAGAUCACAGAGUCAUUUAUUCUCAUAAGUAGUUCCACAUAACAAACACAAGUAAGUAAUCCAACAUCACAUGUCCAUCCUAUGCCUAUCAAAAUCAAGCCUGUUAAUUCUAUUUCCUAGACUUUGUCCCGCAUAAUAACCAUGAUCUCCUAGUAGCAUCAUCUCUCCCCUCUGAGAGUCUAUGGAGAGAAAAGUAGCGCGUUGCGGCUCUUUUGAAGGGCGCCGUCUUCAAGAUGAACAAACGCUGGGCUUUUCGUGGCCACGACGACGUCCUCAAUUUUAAUCGGUAUUCUAUGGCAUCUAAUCGCAAAAAGAUAAGAUGAGAUCAUGAUGACGAGGAUGAUAAUGAUGAAAAAGAAGAUGAUGCUACUGAUACUUCUGAUCAUGGUGAUCGAAAUAGCACGAAGAUGAAGUCAGAGUAGCGGCUACUCUGACUUCAUCUUCGUGUUAUUUCGAUCACAAGAUUAUCCGAGCGAUAUGGUUCCGACAUAGAUGAGUAAGACGGUCCACAUGUUUGACC